AUGAACAUGGUAGAGCAACAACAAUACAUUACUGCAGGUCUACCACACACAGGUGACCUCGCAGGAUCUCACAGCUUGUCUGACGACCGAUCCAUCGUGUCUGUGGGCACUCCAACCUAUUCAGAAGUGACGCCCUUUUCAGCAGUCUCUUCUUUUAACAUCCCUGCUUCGUGCGACUCGAGCCUUCUUACUCCCAUCUCUACCACCAGCUCUCCCCCGCUCCAGCAGAUCCGUAAAUUAGGGGCGCAGUAUCCCCCUCCUCCGAGUACUCCCUAUACACAGGUGCCAACCCCUCCUGGAAGCUCCAAGAUGUAUCACCAGCCGUGGGGCAGCCAGUUCGACAUGCACAAUCAAAAUGCGCACAGCAGCCCCCCAAUGAACAGCCAUGUUCCAGUGGCACAAGACUUCUACAUGGAAGAACGCCGCACGCCCAACCCUCCGUCGGAGCCAUACUAUGGAGCCUUCAGCGUAUCCGAUGGCCCAGACACGCAGCCAAUCCACAACCAGGGCCCGGCGCCUUAUUAUGUCAACAACAUGGGCAUGGACAGUCAAAGCUCCAUGCUGAUGCGAGACAGUCGUCAGCUCCCAUUGGAUCCGCAACACCGUGACAUGGAGCGCGUUUCUCACCCGCCAUCCCUUCUCAGCCAGCCGCACAGUUCGCACUAUGACAUCCGGCGAGCCAGCACAGAUGAUCGCAGCUAUAGCAGCCGUGCCGACCCCAUUCACCGCUCUUCCAGCGGUUCUCCUCGCCGCCGCCCUGUGACUCAGGGCAGCACGCGGGUGAAGAAAACAAGGUCGUCAAAGAGGGGUGGCUCGCUUCGUGGUCAGCAGCAAGCUGACCCCGGCGAUGAACACAAAAACUGCUUCGGCCAAGAAGUCCCUCCACCCAUCAAGAAGGGAUGCCCCGAAGAGGAGAGAUGCAUCUUUGAGUCUCGCUGGAGACACCGCUCACAAAGGGGCCAAGAUAUGUGGGACAGCAUCCAAGCCGACUUUACCAAGAGGUUUGGCAAGAAGCACGGCAAAGAAAUGCUACAGAUGAAAUUCAAACGUGGCCGUUCCAAGUUCUAUGACUGGCUUGACCAAGAUGAGAAAAUACUCGAAGCCGCUUACAAGAGACUAGAGAGAGAGAGAUAUCAACUCAUUCUCAACUACUUCCUUGAAAUGGGCGGGUCCCGAAACAUGCUUCUAAGCGCCAGCGACAUCGAAAUCAAGAUUGUCAAUGACCUCAAGUGGGAAGAAGCGAUUUAUAUCGAGGGCUUAGACGAGUGUAUCCGCCGCCGCCGCAAGUCCGUUGUCAAGAAGCGAUCCAGCGGUCGAGGAGAACCAGGUGGAGACAUUGCUGUGAGCGACGACCUAUUGCGAGUUUCACAGGUCCCUCACAACGAAGACGAGGUGAUCAAUCAGGUAUUCGCCGCACGACGAGAGCGCUGGGACGACGACAUGUCUACUGUAAACGGUGAAAUGAUGAAUGCUCAUUUGUGGGAGAACCGGGCUCCGAUCAAGAUGGAGCAUGAGACUCUACUUCCUCCGUCUGAACAUCUGGCACGCAUCCACGCCCAUCCCGUCGCCAGCCCUUACAUUCCACCGGUAUCAGUGUACCAUCAGUCAAAUUCAAAAGCACCUUGA